CCCUCGGAUGAAUAGAAGUUGGAGGGGCCAUCGAGAUAACCACUUGAGCAUAUAUAAGGUAGGCUCUCAAGCAUAGGUACCAAGUAUUCAAUAAGCAGUCUUCUCUCAUCAGCAUCAUAUCCACUCACUCAUACAUCUCAGUUAACAGUUUUACUAUAAAUCAUAAAAAUGCCCAAGGUACUACUGACUGGCGGUUCUGGGUUCAUUGCCGCCCACGUCCUCGAGCUUCUGCUCAAAGGGGGUUAUGAAGUGGUGACGACGGUCCGCUCCGAGACUAAGGCCUCUCAAAUUCGCGCCAAAUACCCCGGCGCAAAACUCUCGGUGGCCAUCGUGCCCAACAUCGCAGUGCCCAACGCCUUUGACGAGUUGAUAGCCAACACUCCUGGAAUAGAUUAUGUGCAGCACACGGCGUCGCCCUUCCAUUUCAAGUUUACGGAUGCGCGUACGGAAUUGUUAGACCCGGCUAUCAAUGGCACUAAGGGCAUCCUUCAGGCUAUUGCCAAGUAUGCGCCCAGCGUCAAGCGCGUUAUCGUCACCAGCUCCUUCGCCGCUAUCAUGUCCGAGAGCAAGAUGAGUGACACUACAAAAGUCUUUAGCGAGGCAGACUGGAACCCGAGCACGUACGAGGACGGACUUAAGGGGCCUCCCCCCACAUCUUACCGCGUAUCGAAGAAGUACGCCGAGAAGGCAGCCUGGGACUUCGUCGAGCAGGAAAAGCCCGGGUUCGACCUCGCUACCGUCUGUCCGCCUAUGGUUUUUGGUCCCGUCGCGCACCAUCUGGACUCGCUAAAAGAUAUCAACACGAGCAACCAGCGGUUCGUGGAUCUGAUCCAGGGUAAGUGGAAGGAGGAGAUCCCAACGUCUGGUGUCUGGCUGUGGGUCGAUGUUAGGGAUGUCGCGCUCGCUCAUAUCAAGGCCAUGGUGACCCCCGAGGCGGGUGGCCAACGUUUUUUCACCACAGCUGGCUUCUACGAUAAUGUACAGCUUGCGCGUGCUGUUCGUAAAGGGUUCCCGGAACUAGCUGAUAAGCUGCCUGACGACAACGUCAAGCUCGCCCCGGGCGCUGAGACACCGGCCGCCACCUUUGGUUACGAUAACUCACGCACCAGCAAUGUCCUAGGCAUCGACUGGAUUCCCGUUGAGAAGGCUGCUGUCGACACUGUCAAGAGCCUGCUAGAGAUCCCUGCUUGAGCGAAUGCGGUUGGCCGAAUAGAACAGAAGAGAAAAGGGGUUCUAUGUAAGAGCUCGACAUCUUCCAAUGCGCUAGAAGUUUACAGACUAU